AUGGAGGAACCGGCUCGGAACCCGCCGCCUUCCCCUCCGCUCUCGGCUUCCCGUUGCGCCCGCAGCCUCCGCCGCCUUCUGCCCGUCGGCGCUUGGCAGGAAGCCCGGGAGCUGAUCAAGAUCGGAGGGCCCGUGGUGGUCAACGUGGUUGGCAUUUCGGUGGGAACCGGCUUGGCAUCGGUAUGCGACACCCUCAUGUCCCAGACUUAUGGGAGUAAAAACGUGAAGAGAGUCGGCACCAUCCUGCAGCGAGGCAUCCUGAUCCUUCUCCUUUUCUGCUUUCCCUGCUGGGCCCUUUUUCUCAACACUGAGCAGAUCCUGCUGCUUUUCCGACAGGAUCCCGAAGUCUCCAGAUUAACCCACAUUUACGUGAUGAUCUUCAUUCCAGCUCUGCCGGCUGCGUUCAUCUACCAGCUGGAAACACGCUAUUUGCAAAGUCAGGCUGUGCUCUUGCCUCAAGUAGUGACCGGCGUGGUGGUGAACGUGUUGAACGUGAUCAUGAACACCAUUUUCCUGCACUCCUUCAAACUGGGUGUGGUAGGUUCAGCCUGGGCCAACACUCUUUCACAGAACCUGCAGGCAUUCCUGCUCUUCCUCUUCAUUUGGUGGAAAAAGAUCCAUAAGGAAACCUGGGGAGGCUGGACGAUGGAGUGCUUACAGGAAUGGGGUCCCUUCAUCUGCCUCGCUCUGCCCAGCAUGUUUAUGAUCUGCAUCGAGUGGUGGACUUUUGAGAUCGGGAGCUUCCUGGCAGGGUUAAUGAGUACAGUGGAAUUAGGUGCUCAGUCCAUCAUCUAUGAACUGUCGACCAUCGCGUACUUGCUGCCACAAGGGAUGAGCGUGGCCUCCAGUGUCCGCGUGGGGAAUGCCUUAGGCGCCGGGGACGUUGACCAGGCCAAGAGGUCGUGCAUCAUGGCCCUCCUUUGCACCGGGGUCCUUGCGGUGGUUUUCGCUGCGCUGCUGGCGGCCCUGAAGGAUGUGGUGGCCUACAUCUUCACGGACGACAAAGAAAUUGUUGCUUUGGUCUCCAAAGUGAUGCUGAUUUUCUCACCGUUUCACCUGUUCGAUGCCAUGGCGGCCACUUCCGGAGGGGUGCUGAGGGGCGCCGGCAAGCAGAAAAUUGGCGCCAUCGCCAACGCGGUGGGCUACUACGUCGUCGGGUUGCCCAUUGGGAUUACACUGAUGUUCGUGUACAAGCUUGGCGUGAUGGGUUUGUGGACUGGAUUAAUCGUCUGCAUCUCUCUGCAAGCUGCAUCCUUCUUGGUUGUCGUCUUACGCAUGAACUGGAAAAAAGCCGCCGAAGAGGCUCAGAUUCGAGCUGGACUAACAGUCAGACAAGGAAGUCCUGAGGAUUCUGACAGCGCAGAUUAUCUUGCGAUGAAUUUGGAGGUUCCCAACGGAGAUACUCCCAGCUGUUUUGUCCACCCGGGUGAAAACUUAGGGGACCAUCAGCCUCUUCCCAGCGAAGAGGUGCCCCAGUUUAUUGCUUCUCCGACACCAGGGGCCUUAUCCCGCAAGCAACUUCUUAUCCGGCGCGGACUGGCACUGCUGUUAGCCGUCGCCAUCUUGCUUUUGGGGGUUGUCAUCCAUCUCCUGCUCUGAGAACGGCGGAGUUGUGCAACAUGGGAAGACCAAAGAGGGCAGCCGUGUGGGAGACCUUCUCACCUCAUUGGUGCUCACCCCCAAAGAAUCUAAAAGUGAUCCAGCCUGGGAUCUGAUCCCCAGGAAUGGUUGCUCUUUUACCAUCAGCCUGGACCAAUGAUGGGGAAAGACUUGGUGGAAAGACUUAACUUGCCUUUAAAGGCAUUUGGAAAAUCACAUCGGAAUAAAUCCAGGUGUU